CUGCAUCAUCAUCACCGUGUUGGUUGUUCGACUGUUCAACACAAACACCAAACAAUUGGCCAUCAAGAUGAAUGUUGAUGAGCUGUUUCAAAAAGCGGGAGUUCCCAGCAAACGCAAGCUGGACCCCAUUCGCGAUCCGAACGAAAUCUACAAGUCCGCCAAACUAUCUUCCAAUGGCAGCCGACACGCGCAGGUAGAAGACGAAGACGACGCAGAGGCCGGUCCAGCACCGCCUCCCGAAGAUGGAGAAGAUGACGGCGACUACGGCCCCUCAGCACCACUUAUCGAGGAUGACGGCGACGAUGAAGAAGGCCGCUUCUUCGGCGGCGGCAUAACCGCCCAGGAGAAAGAGAUUCUCGACUUCAUGGACAGCAAUACCGCCGCCCCAGCCGAUGACCUCUUGACAACAGACAAGAUCGACCUCUCCUGGCUCAAGAAAACCGCACUCAACUUCGAGAAGCGCAUCACGCGCAACGCCGAGCUCCGCGCCCGCCACGAAGACGAUCCCUCGAAAUUUAUCGACUCGGAAGCCGAUCUCGACGCCUCCGUCAAGGCUCUCUCCAUCCUCUCCGAGCACCCAGAUCUCUAUGCGGACUUCGCCCGUCUUGGCUGCGUCUCCAGCCUUGUCUCUCUGCUCGCCCACGAAAACACCGACAUUGCCAUUGAUGCCGUUGAGAUCAUCAACGAGCUAACGGACGAAGACGUCGCCGCCUCCGACGAGCAAUUCUCCUCUCUAACCGACUCCCUCCUCGAAGCCGAUCUUUUGGGUCUCCUCGUCAGCAACUUCUCCCGCCUAGACGAACAACACGAAGCCGAUCGAACGGGCGUCUACCAUGCCCUCUCCAUAAUCGAAAACCUUUGCUCUCGCCGCGAGACAGCAGACCAAAUCGGCAAACACACGGAGCUCCUAGAAUGGCUUCUCUCCCGCGCUAAGAAGUCUGAGGCCCCGACCGUUUCACAAAACAAGCAAUACGCCGCCGAAAUCCUCGCCAUUCUCGUACAGUCCUCCCCAGCCAACCGCCGCCGUUUAGCCUCCGACGAGCUCAACGCCGUCGACACCCUCCUCACGCUCAUCGCCCCCUACCGCCGGCGCGACCCCGAGCGCGGCUCCUUCGAAGAAGAAUACAUGGAGAACCUCUUCGAGUGCCUAACCUGCCUAGUUGACGAACAACUCGGCAAAACCAAGUUCGUCGAAGCCGAAGGCGUGGAACUCUGCCUGCUCAUCCUCUCCUCUUCCGACGUCAAGGGCAAGCUCUCCAAGCCCGCCUGCUUACGACUGCUCGACCAUGCCGCAUCCUUCUCCGGGGAAGUCUGUCUCAAGAUUGUCGAAGCUGGGGGUCUCAAAACACUAUUCACACUGUUCAUGUCCGGGGACAAGGAAAAGGAUAAGAAAAAGGGCAAGGCAACAAGGAUAUCGAAACAAGAUACCGAACACCUUUUGGGUAUUUUGGCUUCCAUGCUCCGCCACCUGCCCGCUUCUUCACCUACCACCACGGACGAGACAACAGGGGCAGAGCGUAUCCGCCUCCUAGCGAAGUUUGUAGAAAAGGACUACGCCAAAACCAGCAAACUAAUCCGUCUCCGCCGAGAAUACGCCGCUCGCGUCAACCAAGUAGACGAAGCCAUCAAAGCCGAGGCAGCUUCCAACCCAGAGGACUUUGACGAAGACGAGGCCUUCUCUAGAAGACUAGACGCAGGGUUGUUCUGUCUGCAGACGAUCGACGUGAUAUUGGCAUGGUUGAUUGCUGAGGAUGAUGGGUGCAGGGCAAAGAUCAGGGAAUUGUUGAAGGAUCGGGAUGAGGACUUUGGGGUGCUGGCGAAGACGCUGAGGGAGCAGAGGGACGGUGUGGAUGGGGAGACGGAGGAGGGGAGGGAUACGGGGGAGAUGUUGAAGGCUUUGUUGGAGUUUUUGGAGUAGUACUUGACGGAGAAGGGUGUUGAAUAGGUUGUUUCAAAAGCGGAUAAGUAAUGACCAAGUAGCCAUAAAGAUACCAUUGAGCCAAGGCUAGGCUCUUUUCUACCAAGUUGCACUGUCUCCGGCUUCGCAGACCUCGUUUCUUUUUGGAAGCUGUGAAUCAUGGCGUUUCCCUUUGCCCACUUUUCAUAAGGCAUAGCCUGGUCUAAUCCGAACCCUUCAACGCAGGCCACGUAAUAAUCACCAUAGAAGAAAAAUAGGAUAGUGAUACCAGGCACAAAUUGAACUUAACGAGCUCCGUCUACCAACCUAACAUGCAUUC